UGUUCACAUAUACCUCAUCUUCAAUACUAGUCUAUUAACACCCACCACUUCUUGUGUAUGAAACAAUGGCCACCCACCUCGCCGCCGUCUCCCCGGCCAAAGGCCAACCCUUUGAGAUCCAAUCCCGCCCAACCCCCAAGCCAGGACCGGAUGAGCUCCUCAUCGCUGUGAAAUCCAUAGCCCUCAAUCCGGCAGACGCCAUCAUGCGAGACCAGGGACUCUUCAUACCAACCUACCCCACGGUUAUCGGCUUCGACAUGGCGGGAUUGGUCCUUGAGGUCGGCGACAACGUCCCCACGGGGGAUACAGACAAUGACACAUCUCCCUGCUUUCGACCGGGUAUCACCCGUGCUGCGGCCUACGCCGGUUCAUUCUGGAGAUCCUUCAAUCCAGACUACGGCGCAUUUCAAGAGCGAUGUCUCGUCCCCUGGCAGCAUGCUGUGCCUCUCCCGGACAAGAGCAUGUCUUGGAACCAUGCAGCAACUCUACCUGUCGCUGUCCAAGUACCCCUGAGUGCAUGGGAUGCCAUGGGGAUUUCCCGGAUUGGAGAAGCCACUAAGAGAGGAAAGGAGAAGAAGAAUAUACAGAAAAGAGAGGCUCUUCUGAUCUGGGGUGCCUCCUCCAGCGUCGGCAGCAUGGGUGUACAAACAGCCCGGCUUCUACGAGACGACCCCAACUCUACUUUUGCAGCCGUAUAUGCCACAGCCGGAUCAUCAAAUAAGAGUUAUGUGGUUUCGCUGGGUGCAGACCGUGUGUUCGACUACAAAGACUCACAGGUCGUAGAUGCAAUUGUUUCGGCGGCCAGGGAGGACGGGCUGCUCAUCCAGCAUUGUUUUCUGGCUACCGGCGAGCUGGCUCUUUGCCAGGCUGUGCUUAAGACAUUCCUUGGUGAAGAAGGGAAGACAAAGACGGCGAAGAUUGCAUCAGCGCCAGUGAUUCCUCCGGAAGCGGAAGAUGUGAACGGGGUGGAAACAAUAUUCAUUAUGCCCUCGAUGGUGGAAGAGGAGAGGCUGGAGCAGUUCCAAUACUGGCUUGGGACGUGGCUCAGGGAGAAUCUGGCCAAGGGGACCAUCAAGCCUAGUCCGGAGCCGAGCGUUGUGGGAAAGGGUUUAGAGGCUAUUAAUGCCGGGUUGGAUAACCUGCGCCAGGGGGUGAGUUGUACAAAGUUGGUAGUUGAGAUUGCAGAGUGAGAGUAUUCUGGUCUAUUUAGGACAAGGGUGUAUCUCAGGUUUAGGUUACUGC